GGACGGAUGAGGAGCGGAUCGCCGUGGUGACGGCCAGUCGUCACGGUAGCCGGCCCGAGACGUACGGAAGAGAGUGCACGUGCGACGUGGACGUGGUAGUGAGCACCGACGAUGGGGUCAUCAUGGGCCAGGACUUCACUGUGACCAUCACCGUGACCAACACCAGCUCGGAGAGCCGCUCGCUCACCCUCCUCGUCCAGGCUGUCGUCAUGUAUUACACUGGAGUGGUCAAGGGCACCUUCAAAAAGGACAAGCACGAUGUGCUGCUGGAGCCUCACAAAGAGAAGGAGCUGGUCCUCCUGUUCCAACACGACGAUUACUUGGAAUUCCUGGUCGAUCAGGCUGCCAUGAAAUUCACUAUCACCGGCCGUGUCAAGGAGACCGGCCAGGCCAUCGUCAAGCAGCACAACUUCCGCCUCCGCACCCCAGACCUCCGUAUCACGCCUCUGGGAGAUGCAUGUAUCGGGAAAGUGAUGAAAGUGGAGAUCUCGGUGACCAAUCCCCUCCCAAAGCCCCUGAACAAUGUCACUCUGAGGAUCGAGGGGCCCGGAUUACAAAACCCUCGGAAACUCUCCAUUGGGGAUGUGCCCCGUCACGCCAACGUCACAGUGACGGAGAACCUGGUGCCAGCGAAAGGGGGCCUGAGGAAACUCAUCGCGAGCCUCGAUUGCCCACAGCUCAGCCAGGUCCACGGGGUGACAGAGAUCUUGGUGCAGGAGAACUGAACAGGAACCCCCACCCCCUCAACCUCUCCCUAGACCUCCCCACGCCUCCUUCUUAAACCCCAAAACCUCCCCCCACCGCAACCCUCCGCUCUCCUGGCCCGCCACUGUCCUCCCUGAGGUGGGGAUGAGGCCUAGCUCAGGUCUGAACAACACGUCCUCUGGGAAAACAAAGGAACAACGAAAACCGAAAAAAGGCAGCGAACACACUUGGAGGGGGUACGGGCACAAAACGGCCACAGAUUUCCUUCCCUCACCUUCCCUCUGGUGAGCUCUGAGUGGCAGCCCUUGUGCGGAGGGGACCAUCGCUCAGAGACCCAGCUAGGCCUCUGGAAGGACUACCGGCUCUCUCUCUCGCGCCAAUCUGCAGACAACCCCUGGAAGAGGUGGGUAUCGGACGGAGGAAAUUGAUCGUCGGGAGGAGUUUAAGGUCUCGGGGCACGUCUCCCAUCUUGGUCUGAAGGCGUUGGUGUGUUUUCAAGAUGGUUGCCGGCCGCCAUUUUGGGGUCAGCCCAUUCGACAGAGUUCCGCGGAGAUGGAAAUCGAUGAGGCAUGAUCACCUUCCAAAUGCCGCCUGGUCUCUCUCUAUCUUUCUCCCUCACUUCCUCUUUCCUUCUUCCUCUCCCUUUGCUUCUCUCUCGUGCUCACUCUCUCUUCCUUGACUCUGGUUGUCAUGGAAAUGGCUGCCAUGUCAGAAAAUCCGACGUUGACACGUUUCUCAGCUGCACUGUCGGAGGGUCAGCGCUGAGGGAGCGCCGCACUG